AUGAAUAGCACAUUCUCGUCGUGGCUAAAAUGGGCACUCCUACUAGUAAGCACACUGGCAAGUGAAGGCACAAAAAUACCUGUUCAGAGAAAAAAAACCCUGUUCCCCUCUUUUACACAAAAUGGUUGGUCGAGAAGGGGCAGAGACAAUCACUUUGCCGCACACACGUUGGUGCGCAGACGCAAAAAUGCUCUUCACCUGUUCAAGAAGAAAGACACCGCGUUGAAGUUAUCCCAAGCGGAUAACAUAGGUAAAGAAAAUGGCUCCUUAAAUUGCCUAAACGAAUUGAUAAAAUCCGUGUUACGUAAAAAAUACGAAUAUAAGAACAGCUUGAAGGAGCCCAUUUUUACCAUCUCCCAUCUGGCUAGCCAUUUUAUGAACAACUCGGUAAAUUUACAAAGUUUAGAAUUCGACGAACAAAACAGGGAUGAAUACACCUAUGAGAAAAAUAGAAUUGGCGAUUUUCUCGCAGAGCACAACAUACAGGUUGGAAAAGACUUGGGACAGCCUGCGCAGGUUGGAAAAGAUUUGGGGCAGCUUGAGCAGGUCGGUACGAAUGUUCCACCGAGUGAAGAUCAUCCCAGCGGGAGCAUCAACAGGGAAGACACCCAUCGCAGCCAAAAUGGAGGUAACCCAAAUAAACUCAACCAUGAAAACAAAAUCCUCUGCUUGACGGCGAAAAAUAAAAUUAAAAAGGAAGAAGUCAUAUGCAGCAUACCCAGCUCGUACAUAAUUCACUUUGACCACAUUAUGAAGCAAAUUCGAAAGUACGUGGACAGUUUUUCCAGCACUUAUAACGUAAACUAUAUAAAAUACAUUUUUAAAAAUAAGCUGGAAGAUGAGAUAAAGGAGCUACCCCCCCUCACCAUUUUACUGUAUGACAUUUAUAGAAGGCACGUCCUCUUUUUAUCCUUCAUGAAGUCCCCACUUAUCUUUUUAAAAUACUGGGACGUGAAAUUAACAUUGCUAAUAACUUAUAUCCACUUCGUUUCGAAAUAUGUGACUCUUCUGCUUCAUGCGUAUAAUUUUAACAACACCUUUUUUGCUCUUCUGGGGGAUUAUUUCGCAAAAAGGGAGAAGCCACAUGGGAUAAGUGGCAGAAAUUCGGCAUGCAGCGAGGACCAAGGGAAUGACAACCCAGGUGAUAGCCCAAGUGAUGACCCAAGUGACGCCCCAAAGGAUAGCCUCCCUCGUAACGCUAACACAGAAACGAAACCGUGCAGCCCACCCCCCACACACAUAGACCAAACAAACUGUGCUCUCACCCAAAAAACAAAUAACACACUUAAAGAGAAGACCAAUUUUUUCUUCUAUAAAAAUUACGAACAUUACAUAAACUACAUUGUUAAUAAAAAACAUCUGUCCCAUUUGCCCCUACUCUUCUCAGACUCCUCUUUUCUUCUUUUCAACAACAUGCAUAUGAAAAAUAUAAUUUAUUUUAGGAGGCAAAUGCUGCACGAAAUAUUAAACUUACUUAAAGGUGACGACCAUGGGGACUCCAACUUUUUAUUCAUUGACAAAAAUGCCGUACACAGAAUUUUAUUCACUAACAAUGAGCAUUAUCAGCGCAUUGGGAAAUUCCUAACCGGUGCUGAUACCCCCCUUGGGGAGGAGAAACGGGAUGCUCACCACGACAUUUCGCUGGACCACACGGCAGAUGUUAACAGGUUGUAUCACUUCGCUUUGCUCGCGGGGGAGGGAAACCCAAACGGAGAAGGAAGCCAACCAAUCGGAGAAGGAAGCCAACCAAACGGACGAGGCAGCCAACCAGACGGAGGGCCAACGUGCAGCGCACCAAGUGAAUCCCUCGACCAGGCUAUCCACUCCACCGCGUACACAGAAUCCCUAUUCGAAUCGUUCGACCAUUUCGUCAAUUACAACUUUCUGAUGCGAAUAUAUUCGUACGUCUCCUCGCACGUCAUAAAAGUGAAGGGCAACGUAACCCUAAAUGGGGGGAAUUCAGCGGAGGGGAGGGAAAAAACAAAUCAAACAAAACGAGGCGAAAAUAACCCUAACCAUGACCACUAUCAGCUGAAGGACAACAUCCUAAGCAGCAACGUCAAAAUGGAAAACGCGGAGAAGGGCAUCCACCAGCUCACCGUAAAGGAAUGCGAAAAGUACGAUUUUAAACAUUAUGAGAAAGCCGAAAGGGAGGAAGAAAACAAAUACAUGUGCCUAAUACCAAUCAUAGACAUCUGUAACCACAGCAAUUUCGCCACCAACUGUAUUGUCAAAAAGGAAAUGAAAGAAAAUGCAGAAGGUGGGUUACACAUGGAGGGAUACUCCAAGAUGGAUUGCCAUUCUGGGGAUGUCCCCAGCGGAACGAACGAAAUGAAGGACAUUUUGAAGGAGACCCACAUUGAGCAUAUGCCAAAAGAAGCGCCUCUUCAGGAAGAGGAACUACCAAUUAGUAAUUUAAAUUACGUCCAAUUAAUCAGCUCCAAAGAUAUAGACAGAGGAGAAGAAAUCACCAUAAGUUACGGCAACCUGAGCAAUGACCUUCUCCUCCUGGAAUACGGAUUUGUCGCUAAGCAAAACACAAAGGUGUACUUCCAUUUUGAUGUGAAAAUUGUAAGAGAAAUAAUUAUACAAAUAUUAGGGUUUGAUAUGUUACCCCUAACGAUGUUAGAAAGUCUCCCACAGGUUAAGGUGGAUUUAUUUAAAAAGCUUAAUGUCAUCCAGAACAGUGAGAAUCUGUAUGAACGAUUUGAUAUUAACAACAUGGAGAGCGCAAAAAUUACGAGAAAAAAAAAGGAAAUACUAAACGAUUAUGUAAGGAAAAAUAACUACUUUAACGAGUACAACAUCUUUACCAUGAAAGAUCGCAUUAACAAAUUUUACAUCGAAGAAAAACUCCAACAUUCGCCUAGGAAAAAUUACCUCUACAUAGGCACAGAUUUUAUUGUAGACCCGAUCCUACUAGCCACAAUCCGAGUAAAGGUAACAGACUUGGUGAAAUGGGAACAUCACUUGUCACCCCUAUCCGAAGUAGUCGUCUUGCAAAUCUUAAUCAAAUUAAUCGAUGAAAUUAUAUAUGAACAAUUCUACCAUAUCAAUUAUGAAGAGAUACUAAAGAAGGGAAAGGUCCCAUACGCCGAUUUGAAAUUUUUACAAAAUAAAUUUCUCCAAAAAGAUUUGUUCAACUCGGAGAAAGCCAUAGACCUAUCGCACAGUAACAACUUUAAAAUUGUUAUUUAUAAUAUUAUGAAGCUCAAGGAGCUGCAAAAUGCGAGGCGAAAGCUUACGGAAAAGUUGGAGCAAAUGAAGGGGCUCCUAAAGGUCUAA